AUGCCUUGUGACUUGAGUGGCAAAUGGGUGUACACCAGUGGUGAGGGUAUGGUUGCUCUCAUGGAUAAGCUGAAUAUCCCAGCUGACAAACGACCGUCUGACCCGUCUUCUACAGUAGAAAUCACUCAGAAUGGAGACAACUUCUGUAUCAAGACUACUACCCCUGAUGGGAGAAGUCGCGAAGCAAAAUUCACCAUCGGAGUUGAAUUCGUCGAUGAAGAAAUCAAAGCUUUGCGAGGAAUGGACAUCAAAGCUACUCCCUGCUGGGAAGGAGAUAAGCUAGUCUUGAAGGGAUCUGGAGGCAACGGCUCUGUGUCCCGCCAGAUUGUGGGAGGUCAAAUGGUCCUGACAUAUGAUGUCAUGGGGGUCAAAGCAACGCGUGUCUUCAACAAGGCCUAG